AUGGCUGAUGUAAUGGAAGAACGUUUACGAACUUAUAUACAAGAAGUGGAGAAUAAAAUGAAAUGCCAGCUUGAUGAUCGGAAAAAGUUAGAAAAUGCUAUUCCAUUGUCCGAAGAACAACUUCGAAAAAUGGACAGUGCGCUGAAGCGAACGACAGCUUUUAUGAAAAAAUUAAAAAACAUUGGUUGCGUACAACUGGCAUCGAUUUUGCAAGAUAUGGAAAAAGUUAAUUUAUCGAAGUUUGUGGAAGAAAUGGCUAUGACAAUUGCCGAAGCAAAAAUAAAAUAUAGCGAGGUACAGGCCGUUGUAACAGUUUGUGUGAAUUUAUCGUGCUAUUAUGCAGAAUUCGCUUCACUGUUGCUUCUGGAGUUCCGUAAACUGUUGCCGUCAAAGCGAAAUGACAAAAUUCAGAAUCCAUCCAAGUUGCGCGUCGAUAUCAGAUUGCUAGGGGAACUAUGUCUUCACGGCGUUUUUGGAAAAGAAGGCGUUCAGCUUCUGGGUUCUGCAAUUUCAUUCCUUACACUCACUGACAGAACCGAACAUGUCAACAUUCCAAUUCUCUUGCCGUUCUGUAAAGCCAUGAAUGUUGAUUUACUUGGCUUGCAUCCUUACUCAAUGGAACAGAUCGCAUUAACUGCAAAUAUUAAGUUACCGGAAACAUCAGUAAUAUCUGCUGAUCACAAGAAAACAUUUGCUCAACUUCUUCUUGAUUAUCGGUCAUCGUUGGUGGACCACAUAAAACAGGCGAGCAGAUUUAACGAAACCGAUUUGCUUGAAAUGAAUCAGUUGCUGCUUUCGAUAAAGCGUCAAACACGAACGCGGGGAGAUGCUUCUGCUGAAGAUCGAAAUCAUCUGGAAGAGACACGUGCGCGCUAUGAAAAAGUUUUAACGAGUGGAACUCAGCUCAGUGAAUAUUUGGGUGUUGAGAUGGAAGCAAUGGAAGAAGAGCAGAGUGAGGAUGAAGAGGAAGAGGUUUCCGCGCUAGCACUCAGCCGUGCGUUACAAGAAGGAACCAUUACUGUAUGGCCAGAUGAAGACACUCGACAAUUUUAUGAAACAAGGAUGGAGCUUCGACAGAUUGUUCCGGCAAUUCUUUUUCAGGAGUCGGAACAACGAACCUUGGAUCUAGUUGAAGGGAAGAUUGAGGAUGUUGAUUUAAGUGGUUUGGAUACAAUUGCUGAAGAAGUUGAAGAUGAGGGUGAUGAUCAUAGUGAGGGUGUCGACGAUGAAGAGACAAAAAUAGAUUUGAAUGAAAUGGAUCCUUCAGUUGCAGUGAAUCGUAUUGAAGCGCCAAAAAUAUCUGGACAAGAUUUGAAGCUCAUGAUGAUUGCAUUUAUGGAACAGCUUCCAUGGCUAAUCAACAGGGAUUUAAUUGAUAAGGCUGCACUUGACUUUGUUACAAAUCUGAACACCAGAAACAAUAGGAAAAAACUAUGUCAAAUGAUGCUGGAACAAUAUCGAAAUCGGUUAGAUUUGCUGCCAUUCUAUGGACGUUUGGUGGCAACGUUGGAACCAGUUAUGCCUGAUUUAGCCCUUGAACUUUCGCACUCAUUACUUCAACAGUUUCGAGCAGCUGUUCAGAAUAAGAAAAAACAGCGUGUUGAUUUGAAAAUAAGAUGUGCUCGGUUUAUCUCUGAAUUGGUGAAGUUUGGGAUCAUACCGAAAGGCGAAGGCCUUUCUUGUUUGCGAAUGGUACUUUUUGAUUUUCGUGGUCAUAACAUCGAUAUGUGUUGUGCAAUGGUUGAUGCAAUGGGACAGUUUUUAUAUCGUUCAACAGACAGUCAUGGAAAAAUGAAAAUCUUGCUCGGAGUUAUGAUGAAGAAACGUGACCGCAUCAGUGAUCCGCGCCAACAGAUGCUGAUAGACAAUGCGUUCUACACUUGCAUUCCACCGGCAGUAGAAGAAAAACCGAAGUCUGCAAGUGACCCAUUUCAAGAUUUUAUUCGUUAUUUAAUAAGCAAUUUAUCACGCUAUCGGUUGGAAAUAACUAUACGAUGCCUCAGAAAAUUGGACUGGUCUAAUCCUGUUUGUGCUAAUUAUGCAGUUGAGUGCCUCAGUAAUCCAUCUCUACCACGGUACAAUAAUGUGCCAUAUCUUGCUUCACUUAUAGCGGCGCUUUCAUCAUGUCAUGAUUGGAUUGGUAUUCGCGUACUCGACGCAACGCUUGAGGAUAUCCGCAUCGCCUUAGAGCUAAAUAGUCCAUCUCUUAAUCAGAGCACAGUGCUGAAUGAAUUGCUGAAUGGUGUUAAAGCACAGCAAAAGACGUAUUUGUUGAAAAUUUGCUGUGCAAACUGGAAAAUAGAAUUGCACACUUUAUAUCAGUUGAUUACUUUUGGUGCUUUCGAUCCAUUGCUAGAUGAUUGGAACAAUCUGACGCGAAUUGGUCUUGUAUGCGAAUUACUUCUAGUCUGUGGCGAAUAUUUUAAUGCUGGUUCAACUAAGAAAAAAUUGGAUUGCUUCUUAGCAUAUUUUUUCCGUUAUUUGUUGGCUAAAGAAGAAGCUUUCAAAGCUCGCGAUAUUCUUUUUCCCAAGGAUGUACGUUUUCGUGUGGAAGAGAUGAGUGAUUAUGUACGAAAAGGCAGCAAAAUCCCAAAAUCUUUCGACGAAGCACAAAAACUUGUUGAUGAAAUCCAGCAGCAGUAUAGAAAAAUGGUAGACGCAGCGCUUGAAGGGAAAGCAGCUCAGCAAAUAGAAGAGGUAAUGGAUGAAGAGGAUGAACCGCGGAGGAUAAAUUGUACCGCUGAAGUUGGCUCGAACAAGGAAAGCAACAACAGUAAAGAGAUUGUUGUAUCAAUUCAUGAUGAAAAUGAAAGCGUUCGUGUACAUACAAAUCGUAUUCUCCUACCCGAAGACGAACUGUUUGUGCGUCAACUUGAACAAAUAAUUGCAGAAACGAUGCAGAGCAGGGCAAAUGCUGUGGGCGUACCAGUUUCGGAAAUAGUAGUACCGACAUCUGCACGUCAAAAAUUUCAUAGAACCGUUGCAUUUGAUGAAAGCGCUCGUAAUACUAACUCCGGUGAUGUGUCAAAUGCAGGAACGGAAACAAGAAUGGCGAUUUUAACUCGUGGGAAAGGAAAUAAAACAGUGCUGAAAGCGAUAGCAAUGGAUGCACCGAGUUUUUUGGCGGAAACGUGGAAUGCACAGCGGGAGAAAGAGCGUAAAGAAUUGAGCGCUCAUAAGCACAUAACUCUGAGUAUGAGUGAACGGAUGAUGAUGGAUGAUGAUGAAUCUUUAUCGGAAUAA